AUUUUCGAAGUUAUUACGAGAACGACAGUCCGUGAGUUUGGACCAGCCAUAAUUAUCGUCCCUGUCGGGAAGGGCCAAUUCAAAGUCACCAUCGCUGUAACCACCAUGGUAGCUGCGAAUUUAAAUGUAAGAAGAGUGCAGAAAGCUGGACUCUCAGUACACCAUGGAAAAAACUAUGCUCACCUUUCUUCUCGUUUUAUCAUCUUUGCUGACAAUCAACCCAUUUUCCGACGCAGUUGAUGUAAUAAAUUCAACUCACUUUAUUACAGAUGGCCAGACGUUGAUUUCAUCCGGCGGGACCUUCGAGUUGGGAUUUUUCAGCCCAGGUAGUUCCAAGAAUCGAUACGUCGGCAUAUGGUUCAAGAACAUUACAGCAUUCACUGUAGUCUGGGUUGCCAAUCGAAAUAAUCCCCUCACAAACUCAUCAGGCGCCGCAUUAAAGAUCACCGAGCCAGGAAUUUUAGCUCUUGUCAAUGGCAGCAAUUCAAUAAUAUGGUCUUCCAACACAUCACGAGUUGCCCGCAACCUGUUCGCUAAAUUGCUCGACUCAGGAAAUCUCGUAGUUAAAGAAGGAAAUGAUGAUAAUGAUAAUGAUGAUAACUACCUUUGGCAGAGCUUUGAUUAUCCCACCAACACAAUUUUACCGGGCAUGAGGUUUGGUAAAAACUUUCUAACAGGACACGAAAAUUACAUGUCGGCAUGGAAAACGAGUGAAGAUCCGGCAAUUGGGGAUUACACGUGCCGCUUGGAUCCAACUGGAUAUCCUCAAGCAGUUCUUCGAAGGGGUUCGGUUAAAGUGUUCAGCACAGGACCUUGGAAUGGAUUAAGGUAUAGUGGCCUGCCUGGAAUGAAAACAGCUCCUGGAUUUGCGUUCGAUUUUGUUCUGGAUAAAAACGAGGUUUAUUACAGUUAUAGGAUCCCCGAUAAUUCGGUGAUUCCUAGGUUAGUACUGAACGAGACUGGCUUUCUUCAACGGUGGACAUGGAUGGCAAGAAAUCAGGUUUGGGCUCUUUACAUGAAUCUGCCGACGGAUAAUUGUGAUUCUUAUAAGCAGUGCGGUAUGUAUGGAAGUUGCAAUGUUCAAAACAAUCCGAUUUGUGGGUGUUUGAGAAACUUUGUUCCAAGAAAUUCAGAGGAGUGGAUGUCUACGGAUUGGUCGAAUGGUUGUGUGAGAAAGGUUGCCUUAGAUUGUGGAACCGAUGGAUUUGUGAAGUAUUCUGGAAUUAAAUUGCCGGAUACGGAGUUCUCGUGGUUUAAUGCGAGUAUGAAUCUGCAAGAAUGCGAAUUAUUGUGCCGGAAAAAUUGUUCUUGCGUGGCUUACACAAAUUCGGAUAUUAGAAAUGGUGGGAGUGGAUGUCUGGCUUGGUUUCGUGACCUCGUUGACAUCAAAGAGUUGUAUGGAGAAGGACAAGAUAUUUACAUCAGAAUGGCUGCUUCGGAACUGGAUUCGAGAAGAGAGGACCAUAAAAUAUUAAUAGUGAUUUUGACCUCAUCACUUGGAGUGAUUCUUCUAUCCAUGAGCUUCGAACUGUGGAUUUGCAUGAGAAAUAAAAAAUAUUUGAAGUUGAAGAGCAGAUCAGUUGCAGGAAGGAGUGAAGAGAGUGAUGGUAAAGAUCUGGAACUUCCGUUGUUCGACUUAUCGACUAUAUCAAAAGCUACUCGUAAUUUUUCAAUAGACAACAAGCUCGGAGAGGGUGGUUUUGGACCUGUCUACAAGGGUACAUUGGGAGGUGGACAAGAAAUUGCAGUGAAAAGAUUAUCGAAAGCAUCAUUGCAAGGAAUACAAGAGUUCAAGAAUGAAGUUAUCUUUAUCGCUAAACUUCAGCACCGAAAUCUUGUGAAGAUUUUAGGAUGCUGCGUUGAAGGAGAGGAAACCAUGUUAGUUUACGAGUACAUGCCCAAUAAAAGCCUCGACUUUAUCUUAUUCGAUCAUUUAAAGAGUAAGCUACUCGAUUGGCCCAAACGGUUUCAAAUCAUUUGCGGUAUUGCAAGGGGACUCGUUUAUCUUCAUCAAGAUUCUCGACUUAGAAUUAUCCACCGAGACCUCAAAGCUAGCAAUAUAUUACUAGAUACGGAUAUGAACCCAAAAAUAUCGGACUUCGGUUUGGCUCGAAGUUUUGGAGGGAAUGAGAUUGAAGCUAACACAAGCAGAGUUGUCGGGACAUACGGCUAUAUGUCACCAGAAUACGCAUUCGAUGGUUUAUUCUCGGUAAAAUCGGAUGUGUAUAGCUUUGGUGUGAUAGUGAUGGAAAUUCUGAGUGGGAAAAGAAUCAAAGGAUAUUCCUUCAUGGAUCAUCAAAACCUUCUUGGACAUGCAUGGGUAUUGUACAAAGAAGGGAAGUCACUGGAACUAGUUGAUGAUAACAUAUUCGAACCGAGUUACGUGUCUGAGAUGCUGAGAAUAUUCCAUGUGGGACUUUUGUGUGUGCAAUAUAAUCCAGAAGAUCGGCCGAAUAUGUCUUCAGUUGUGUUCAUGCUGGAGAAUGAAACUGAGUUGACUCGGCCUAAGCAACCGGGUUUUUUCGUUCAUAGAGAUGUUUUGCCUUCCGAUACUUCUUCGAGCAGCGCAUACGCAAGUUCGGCGAAUGAAAUCACCAUUACAAUGCCUAAAGUUUCCGUCCUGCCGUUAAUUCUUGCUGUUACAUUGGAUGGAAAUCUGACGUGAACCUGAAAAUUAUAAUAUAUGGUGCUGACAUGGACGAUUAAUCCACGUGGCCACUCACAUGUAUGUUGCUGUUGAUAUGCUUCGUGAAACCAACUCAUAUUAACUCAAAUUACCCAUGCAUUGGUACCAAACAAGACUCCUCUUUAAACUUUGCUAGAGAGAACGAGCCACCAUGCACAUUCCAUUUCAACUUUGCAAACGAGCCACCACCAUGCAAGAGACCCAUUCCCACCUAAUUAAGAGGAAAUUCGCAGAAUUGAAUGUGAACGAUACAAUUAUUGUAUGAAUAAUAUUUAUUUUGACUUUGCAUGAAA